GUUCCAGACCCUGCCAUGGACUCCAUGUUUGAGGAUGACAUCAGCAUCCUUACCCAAGAUGCCUUGGUCCAGGAUGAUGAGUGGCUGGACAGCCCCAACACAGACCUCUCCAGCGAGAUGUGCUCAGCCUCCCACUUUGCUCUCAUCACGGCCUACGAUGACAUCAAGAACCGCCUGACGGGGCUGGAGCGGGAGAACGCCUGCCUCAAGCGGAAGCUGAAGAUGUAUGAGAUCAAGUUCCCACUGAUCAGUGAAUUUGGAGACGAGCGCAUCUUCUCAGUCUAUGACUCCAAGGAAACCUCUCUUCUGAAGAGCGAGAAAGCCAAUCUCCAGCAACAGUUGAAUCAAUUCCAGCGGGAGCUGCAGAAAAGCAAGGAGAGGGAAGAGCAGCUGGCAGAGAUGAUCCAGGCCUAUGAGAAACUGUGUGUGGAGAAAACUGACCUUGAGUCAGAGCUGGGACAGAUGAGAGCUCUGGUCGAGACACAUUUGAAUCGGAUCCGUAGCCUGGAACAGCAGCUGAGGCAGAGAGACAGCAAUACGUUCCAGAGCAUCAACUCGCCUCUGCAAAGCCAGGAAGUGCAAUACCUCUCACUCCAUGGCGGCCAUGUCUUGGAUCGUUCCAUGAACUGGCAGAGCCCUAGAGGCCUGGAACAGGCAGAGGGCUUGGAGGUGCACCGGUUGGAAGCGGAGCUGGAGGAUGCAAGGCAGGAAAUGCAGAAUUCACAGCAUCGGGAGGAGCAGCUGAAGGCGGAAUGCGAGAGACUGCAGGCAGAAGUCAAGCAGUUACAGGAGACUCGGGCUCAGGAUCUUGCAACGAGUCAGUCGGAGAGAGACAUGGCAUGGGUAAAGAAAGUUGGAGAUGACCAGGUGAACCUGGCUCUUGCCUAUACAGAGCUCACAGAGGAACUGUGCCGCCUGAGGAACCUGAGUUCUCUACAAAGCCAGAUACUUCGGACUCUUAUGCAAGAGCAGGUCAUCAAUGGUGGGCAUCGCCACUCUCCCCAUUCCCAGCGCCAUUCUCCUGCCCAGCAACGUCGCUCUCCAGCUCCUCAGUGCACUUCCCCAGCCCAACAGGGGAGACCUUCCGUUCCUCAGUGCCAGUCUCCAGCCCUGCAGAGACGGUCUCCGGCACCACCCUGCCAGUCCCCUGCACAUCAACGUCGUUCCCCAGCACCACCUCCUUGCCAGUCACCUGCCUCACAGCGCCGUUCCCCGGCACCACUGUCCAGCCAAUCUCCUGCUCAGCAGCGCUGCUCACCAGCCCCAAACUGUUCUUCCUCUGCUGUCUCCUCACAGCACAGAUCUUCAGGCAGUGAGAGAAGCAUUAUGGAUCUGGGCUAUUCCAAACCCUCCAGCCACCACAUCAAAGCAAGCUUCCAAGGGCGCCGGAGCUACUCGGAGGUGAGCGAUGCGGCUAUGUACCAGCAGAACCGCUCUCUCUGGCUGCAGCCGGAAGCUUCUACCUUACCAAAGCACCGUCCCUACGGCGAGGUUUACGCCAGAGACGCCUUUGAAGAGCACUUGCGCUUCGAGAAGCAAUCCUCAGACGAAGACGACUGGGCCCUCCCAAGUCCCCCCAGUCCUGAAGCAGGGGGAAUUCGCUGCGCCUCUUUCUGUGCAGGGUUCCCCAUCCCCGAUGCUUCCACGCACCGGACCGAUGCCUCAUACUCUAGGGCUGAGCAUGCUCAGUCCUGGCCCUCAAUCAAUCUGCUGAUGGAGACAGUGGACUCUGACAUCCGUAGCUGCCCUCUCUGCCAGGUGGCCUUCCCCAUUGGUUACCCAGACGAUGCUUUGAUAAAGCACAUUGAUUCCCACCUGGAGAACAGCAAGAUCUGA